AUGAGAUUACAACCAGCUGUUUUGCUUAUUGUCUUCUGGUAUGCCUUGCGUGCUUUAGAAAAUUCUAUGAAAAUGAUUUCUGUCGAUUCAAAAUCAUAUAAACUUUAUAAGUGGGAAUACAUUGGUUUUCAAGAAUCUAUCAUAUCACACCUUUCAUUCGUGGAGAAAACUACCAACUUUCUUCGGCAAUUAGCUGAACACUACACUAUUCCUCGAAAAUGCAUACUAGAUAAUGAGUUUAUGCGUUACUGGAAUGUAUCUAACCUGCCAUGGACAUACGAUAAGUAUCUUACUACGUCAAUUAACAGUAUCCUACUUCGCUGGCAUGAAGUCGCUGAUGAGUGCUAUUUGUCUGUGAAAGAUAAAACAAUUAUACCCUUAUGUACAAUCCAGUUCAACCGUGAAUUUUUAUGCAGUGACGAAAGCAUAAAAAAUUUUUCCCACAAUUUAAUAGGAAAAGCAAAACUAUUUCCUUUGACAGGAAAUGUGUCUGUCGACACUAUGCUCAUUGAGAUUAUUAUACUGUCAAACUGUGGAAAUCAUGAUAUAGCGAUACAAAAGUCAUACAGCAUUAUAAAGUAUUUUCCUUCCUUACCGGCUUAUAGAUUGUUGUAUGCAGAGGUUUUGUCAAGAAAUUCAAGUCCAAAUUCGUUAUCACAGGCUCUGAAAGAAAUAACCUUUGCUGUACAAAUUGAGGGUUCAUCUACCCUAUAUAGAGAGAAAAAGUUGUCACUUUUGCUGCGUUUAGGAUAUUUAAAAGAAGCACGAGAGGAAGCUGGAAAAAUAGAAGAGAUUUUAAACAGAAGCAGUUUAAGAUCUUGUCAUCUUCAACGACACAAUUGUUCUAACGGUUUUAAAUAUUCUUCACAAUCUUUAGUUGCUUGGAGACCGUGGUUCUUUUUAGGUCUGUUUCAUCUUACCAGUGGAAGCCUAUCUGUAGCUGCUGAAGAUUUUACCAUUGCAUUUAAUUUAGCUUCAAUAACCUUGUCAACUGAAAAACAAUUAUCAGAAUCAAUUAUGGGAUUGCUUAUGUAUAUGAAAGCACUAUCACAACAUUAUACUUCUAAAUUACAAGAUGCUAUGGAAUAUUCGGUCAAUGGUACGCGAAAUUACCCGUUUAUCAUGGAUACUACAUUACUAUUAGCUCAAGGUGCUGCACGUACUUCUUUGUAUUAUAAUGCACUGAAUAUACUCAGCAUAUCAUUACGGCUUGUGAAUAUUGUUGAUGAUGGUAAUAAUAAACCAUCUAGUGUUGAAUAUAUCGAAACAUUUGCUGAUUCAAAAUUAGUUAAACACCAAGUUCUACAAUUACGUGCAUUGGUCAAUUAUAGAUUGGGUGAUAUAAUUCAGGCAAAUACUGACGCUAAGUUUUGUUUGGAAUUGUCACCAUUAGAUGGCCUUUGUGCUUACAUAAAAACAUUGUGUGCCUUAUGUACUGGAUCACUGAUGAGCGCAAUGAAAUCUUCUACUCCUGUUCUUUCCUACAAUUUCAAACAGGAUUUACAAAACUCCUCUGAGAUUUUCCAUCUGAAGUAUCUAAGAGAAUGGAUCCGAUAUACGCACAAUCAUUUAUAUCAAUCGUUAAAUGAAUUCCAUUGGUUAAUUGAUCUUCCAGAAGUGUUUGUUCAUGGAUGGGUUAAAGGUGUCCCAACAGAGACAGUUGAAUCUCAAAUUACCCAACCGGGUAUCGUAUCAACUACUUCUAACCUUGUCAUGUCACCAGAUCUUAUGAAAAUGAUAUUAAAUGAUAAUUCAAGUCAAUUUUCAAAUCAAUCAACUAAUGGUAUAGAAUGCAAUCAGAAAUCAUUUAUAUUAACUAGUCAACCUGUUUAUUGUCAAAAGAUUUAUUUAAUUCAAUUAAAAAAUUAUCUGUGUAAUUUAUCAAAUCAAAUUGGUGUAUUAAUUUCAUAUGGGGAUUUAAGAAGUAAUCAGGCUGUUAACUCAAUUGUUACCAAUCCUCGUCAUCAAUUAGCACUAGCUAUCGGAACCAUAUAUAGUGCGGAGUUAAUUCGUAAUUCAUGGUGUUGUCAACGUCGUGUAUCUUUCAAUACAUGUUGGGCAUAUCCACAAGAUUUUCAAUAUUACCAACAAAAAUCAUUUACAAAAUUUCCAUUCUUUAGUAAAAAUUAUGUGGAACAACUGGUGAAUAAUUGUAAUUCAUUAUUCUCAUCAUCCAAUAAUUACAAUAAAAAUACAACUUUCCAACCAAUAAAUUAUUUAUUAUUUAAACGUUUGUGUAAAUUAAUAAACCAACAAAAUAUUGAAAAGUCUUAUUCUCCCGAUUGGUUUGUACAUGCAAGUAUUACAGCUAGACUUCUACAAUUAACUGAUCCUUAUGAAAAGUUAGUAUUUUGGAAAACAUAUGAAUCUGAUAAAUAUAAUAUUCAUGCAAAUAAUCAUAGACAACAUUCAUUGAAUUCUCGUAACGAUGAAGAUGAUGAAGACCCAGAUGGACCAAUGCCUUCACAUUCCUAUCAUUCUUCUUCAUACUAUGUAAAUAAAGAAAGAAAUCAUUUUGGACAACAAAACAACAUUUGGGAAAACGGUGUAGUAUGGGAUGAAAAAUUUUUCAUAAAAAAUGGACAAAUUUAUAAUGAAUAUAUCAAGUACUUGCAACAGUCUAUCAACAUGAUCUUACUGUUGAUCAAAGAACAACUUCAACAUCAUUCCGAACACUUAAAUCUGGAUGAGAAUAAUUUUGAGGUUAAUUACCUGAUUAUGGCAUCCGAAUUUGAUCAAUGUUAUUCUGAUUAUGACAAUCAUUUACUCAAUCAAACUGUGCAACAUUGUUUGAAACCUACAUUCGAUAAAUUAUGGCACUACGCACAGUUAACACACUUAACUGAUGAUAAACUCCAAGUUUUUAUGAACAUUUAUGUUCCAGGAACUAUGAAUCCGAAGGAUGAUGGAAUACUAUUAAUGCCAUUAUCACCCCAGUCUAGGCCUAUUAAACGCCAUUUAGGUGUUGUCUUGAAGUUUGUAAAGCACCUUACAGAUGAAAAUUAUUCGUUAUCGCUUCUGUAUAUUUCUAGUCCACAACAUCAUACUGAAUUAUUCAGUGAACUGGAUUCAGCUUUUAAAAACUAUCUAUUGCAUGGUGAAAAAGCUUUAACUGAUAUUUUAGCUAGCUCUAGUGUCAAAGGAAAGGUAUUUGAUUCAUCGUCUUUUAGUCAUAAAGAACAUUUACAAAAUGCAAUACAAAGCACAUUUGACUGGCUGUAUUAUUGGAGUAUAUUAAAACCUAUUUCAUCCGAAUAUAGUUUUGUAAUUGGUUAUAGUAUGACAUUGGGUAUGUUGCGCGCCCUCGGUCUAGAACCAGUUGCUGCUUUACCAAAACAUGGAGUCAAUUUGGAACUGGAGUCAAUAUUUAUUGGUUCACCUACACAAUUUGGUAAUCUAUGUCGGGAUGUCCUAGGCCUAGUGGAGUUACCAAAAUCAAGUAUUUCGUUAUCUUGGAAAGUUUCUCCGGAAGAAAUUAUCCAGAGUCCCAAACAUGUUUUAGAAUUUAUGAAUUUACAGUUAGUAUCUCAUUGUGUCAAAUAA